AUGUCUUAUCGUCGCCGUCAGCAUCGUAGUUGUGAUCAAUGUCGUAAAGGCAAGAGAGCAUGCGAUGCCCUCCUGGCUGACGAGCUUGAACGGAGUUCCAACACUGCUGCUCGACAGGCGUACAAUCACUCGUGCUCCAAUUGCAGAAAAUACAAAAGAAAAUGCACGUUCGACUGGCUCUUGAGUCACAAGGAAUCCCGGCAUGCUCAUAGCAAGAGAGCCAGAAAUAUCGCUAUCGCCCUCUCGCGGCAGGUGAACGAUUGUUCCCCUCAUUCCUCUCAACAAACCUCCACUAGGCGCAAUCCUACAGAGCUCCCUCUGCAAAACAUCGAGGAUUGCGAAUGGCCAACGUCUGUUAGGGACCCGCUUUUGCCGUUGCCACAAGACGAGGAACUAGAUGCGGACUGGUUAACUUGGGGAUGCCUCAACGACGCAGUGUCCAUCUCUCCUCUAAGCGCCGACAUGACUCUCAAUGGGGAUAGGCACGUCAAUCCUAACCAGACACCACAAAUGAGUAGUCAAUGGAACUCUGUCGGGGCCGGCCAGGCAUGGCAAAGUAUCGGUCAAACUUCACUGCUCGACACGAUGAACAGUUCUAUAACUUCGUCGCAAUUCAAGGAUACACCCGACUCUCGAUCAUUUGAGACAUGGGAUAUCAGUUCUGAGCUCCCGCUUCACGGUCUUCCACCUACCGAAGGACGUGGUGUGUCGAUGCCAACAAACACUACACUGUGUGUGGGCUCAAACCAAUUAGCACACAAUUAUGCGCACUCCAUGAUGACGCGCAACCUAAUUCACAUUUAUAACGACAGUAUGGAAAAUGCAUUGAGCUGUUGGCUGACCGAGCGUAAUUGUCCCUACAGUGCCCGGGGGUACGUUGACAAAACAGGGCCGAAGACAGGUCCUUAUACCACGAAUAGGAUCUACAGACGAAUUUGCCUCUUGGAUAGGGCAUGCUCAUCCAUCCCGGGUCGACGUCUCACGAGUGUGGAGAGUAGAACAGCAACACAGACACUUCAUGCUGUCAUUAUGGCAUUCGCUUGUCAGUGGCUGGAGAGGCCUUCAGCUGACAAGGAUAUCCCAAUACCAUCAUCUUCAGCCCACCACGAAAGUGGCAUGCGUGAGGGUCUCUGGAAUGAAGCGCGUCAUGCACUGGAGAAUUCGAGAGCAAUUCCAUCGUUCCGCGUAGCCUUUGCCAAUAUAUUGUUUUCGCUGGCGCAACGACCCCUACACGUUGAAGAAGGAAUGGAGCUCGACGAGCUCUUAGAUCACGAUCCUGCCCCAAUGUAUCUCGAAACGGCGCUUAGGCAGCUGUUUACUUUUCGUUCUAGAUUGAUUAAGCUUCGGCGGCAAGGUCCCAACCGAGCGCUCGAGCAAUGCUGCAAGGAGAGCAAAGGGGAUAAAAGCACCCAUCAGUUGAGCCAAAUCGAUCUGAUGCUGAAGGACUCUGAAACCCAUCACACUUUCGAUCUUCUAUUCUGGCUGGGCAUCAUGUUUGAUACGUUGACAGCUGUCAUAUAUCAACGUCCCCCGGUCAUUUCCGAUGAGGACAGUCAGAUCAUACGCCCCCGGUCACGCUUCUCGUUUCCGGACGCCGUUGAUCUGGAUGGAUGGGAUAUUAGCUCCUAUUCCGCUAGCCGACGUGAAGAAAGUGUAUGGGGCGAUCUUUUUCUUCGCAAACGUAACAUGCUCCACAAUCUCAACCAGGCCCGCUGGCCUUGUUCUUACGAGGAGGCAGCAGAAGUCUUAUCCGACGCCGCGCCAGUCAAGGUUCUCCUAUUCCGUCGCAUAAAUCAUAUCAAUACCCUGGUAUGCCGGGGAGGUGAGGCAGGGGCCAUUGAAGAAGCGAUCCACAGCGCUCUCUUGGUCUACGAGUAUUGGAACUCCACGUACAAGCAGUUUAUGCUGGACUGUCUCUCUCACCAUACAGAGCUCCCGGCUCGCAUACAAUCAUGGUAUCUAGUGCUGGCUGGACAUUGGCAUCUUGCGGCGAUGUUGCUCGCAGAUACUGUUGAGGACAUAGAUCAGGCGCGACUUGGUCAAAACUCUCAAGCCGAACAUCGGUAUACCACAGGCCUCAUCUCCGUCUUGCGUCACGAAAAUGCUUUCGCUGUUGGAGGGCUCGCCCAAUACUCUUACGACCUGCAGGGCUCGUCGCACCCUAAACUCCGCAAUUUUCACGAUUCAGUCAAUCAAGCGGCAUCCUUGACUGAGCCAUGGACUGCUGUCCUUAUCCACUCUUUUAGAAAAGCAGGUACUAUCCUAAUUAGAGAGAUUGGCAAAUUACAAUGUGGUUACCAAAUGCAGCAGGAAUCUUUCAUGCUGGCGUAUCAGCGUUGUGAACACUGUGUAAAGGCACUCCAGUGCCUGGGAAGAAAGUCAGAUAUGGCUCUGGCCGCAGCUCAGAGUCUAUCAGACAGUCUCAACAUGACACUGUUCCGAUCCAGUCCUAUUGAUUCCUAUCAUAUGUGCGCCCUUUGA